ACCCAGAAGUCCAUGUUUUCCUUAUUAAAAAAAUUGCUCUUCAGUUGAAGUUGUGUCUUCAAAAUAUCUAUCUCCAAAUUGUCUGCAAAUGCUUUAAAGUGGUGAUUUUUUUCCUUUGAAAGUCAACCAAGUAGAAGCAAGUGGAGGAUAGUUUUAUAAUCAAAGGUUUAACUGUUUUUACUAACUUAUUAGAAAGCCCAGUCUAUAACUAGAUAAACAAAUGCCUACAUUUUAGGAGUUUUCCUUUCUUUGCGAUAAAUUGUACAAUUACCAACUUCUGGAAAUCUUUUAACAUAUUACUUGAAAAGGUUAUUCUUGAAUGAACACAGGGUUUUUUUGUUUUGUUUUGGUUUGGUUUUUUUUGGCCUCAAAUAUUUGCUGGUGAAGAAUUUACUGGGCUAUCUUUUGCCAGGAUUUCAUACUUUUCCCCUUAGCUCAGGUCACUUGAGAUUAUAAAAGAGGUUCAAAAUUAUUUUUAUCCUUUGUUGUUAAUUUUAAUUGUCAUUUAAUUUACAUCUUUGUCCAUUUAGUACUGUACAUCUGUGGUUUUGAAGAAUCAAAAUACCUCAGUCACUUAGGAGUUUCUACUAUAAUUGUGUGACUAACUUGGCUCAAUCUUAAGGUCAUAUUUUUAAAAAAUUUAUACUGAACUGAAAUGUAUCAUCUUGGGGUGUCAUUUAAAUAGCCUUUUAGCUGAACUUUAAUACUUUUAAAAAUAAAACAUGGGUGGAGCAGCUUAGAAUGUUGGCAGGUUUGAUCUACUUAAUCUGAUUUUGAGGGGAUAGUAAUUUCUUUGACUAAAAUGAUUAUUCUUUACUGACUUUGGCUAAACUACCUUUGUUUCCUCACUUCCAAAGUGUUAAUCCACUUUCUGCUAUGAAUCCUGCAUGGAUAUUAUACAUUAGCCAGAGAGAAAGGAUUGCUACCCUGCAUCCAGAGAGUGAGGAGACUGAGAAGCCAACUAGAUGCUUUUUGAAGUGGAAAAACUACUGCCUAAAAAUUUUGGUUACCUGGUUUUAUCUAAUCUGAAGGGAAGAACAUUAUGAAUCAACCUUUUGGCAUUUUGUUUUCUUCUUGGCAAUAGGACAUGAGGCAAGCGUCUCAGGAUUGUGCAGCUUUUCUGAAUCAUGAAUUUCUUCAGAGUUCCCUCUUGAAUUUUCAGUUCAAAUGUUGUUUGAACUAUUAUUUAGAAAAAGAUAACAUAAACGCCUGUACUUCACAGUUUCUUAAAAAACUGUUCCUGUACUAACUGCUUUUAAAAAUGCUUAUUUCUGUAGAGUUUUCAGUAUUUCAAAUAAGUUUGUGUUGAGUUCACAUAACAGAAUAGAGACUUUGCAACACCAUCCAGUAGGUUUUUCUUCAGUAGUUAAAGAACAGGCCUGUUUAUAAAUUGUCUCUGCUAGGUCUAGUGCAGGAUAGCCCCUGGGGUUUUUGUAUCUUAACUUGUGGUAGAGCAUAAAGAAGGUGUAGAUGGUAAUUCUAAAGACUCUUACAAAGCUACAGUGCCAUCCACUGUACCGUUAGAUUACUGAGCACAUGUUUUAAGUUGAGUGAUUCCAGCAGCUAUCUGGCCUGCAUACCAUGACUUACCCAUCCUGUGAACUACUGUGAUCUGCCUGCAAACCGAGUUUGGUGUAAACUGCUCUUUACCCCCUGCAGAUGAAGAUAAUAACCAUAGAAGCAGAACUGUUUGCAUCGAUGUGUGCUUUUUUACCAUUGGCAUCACUCCUUUCCCUUUCCUAUUUUGGAAGCUCUCAAAUGGGUCUUCUAAUUUAUAAGUGUCAAGUAUAUUUUUGUAAUAGAUUGUGCCUAUAAUGAGAGAAAUUUGUAAUGUAUAUUUUAUGUACUCUGGACACACUUGUAAUCUGACACCCUUGGAGGCAUGGUCUAAUGAUAUGCACCUUUGUGGUUAAUUUAUGUAAGAUUUUCCUUUUAUUGGGUUAGGUACCUUUUUUAUUUUAGCACAGAUAAGUAUUUGAGUAAAGAAUUACUACUUUAAAAUGUCACAGAAAAUUAGAAUAUUUAUUGUUGCACAUUGUGUAGGUCAAUUACUUACAGAAUUUGUACUUCUUCUGCCAACUAAAUGAAAAGACAGUCCAUACCUUAUUUUUAACACACACACACACAGGUGUGUUUAUUCCUUUGCUAUGUAAACCUUCAUGAUUGAUUGCUUCCUUAACCAGAUUGUGGUGGCAAGUACUCAGAUAUAGCUCCAUAGCUAUGGAGAUACACAUUCACAAAGUAGUGAUGUGUACUGUUUUUUUUUUGGGGGGGGGGAUCCUGUUGGUGCUAUAUUUUGUGGGAAGAAAAGGUGUCACUGAACCCAGGUUAUCCUAAGAAGAUAAUCGUAGAAGGAGGAGAAUUGGAAGACAGGAAGAAGAGACAGAAAAGGAUACGGGGAGCAAGAGAAUGGAAAGUUAGUCCAUAAAAGAGUAAAGUGCAAAAAGUACCCAGUACACAGUGUAACAUUUGGCCUCCUGAUGAGAACUAGCAAGGGUCCUGAGCCCUAGCUCGUCAUUGACUGGGGUAUGAGAUAGAAGCGACACACUUGUAACCCAGAGGAACUUGGACAAAACCAACUUUGAAGAAAUGUGGAAAGAGUAAAGGCUCGCCUUCUGAGUUACAGGUUGAGUGACCGAAAGCGGAGAGAUUGUUGCCUUGCUCUACUCCUGGACUCGUGGCAAUUCGAAAACAUGGAAGCAUGCCUCCCUGGCCCACGGGAUUCCGGCCUUUGUCCCUUUUCGGCUCCCCAUUGGCAGAGGCCGCCGGGGCCACACCUUCUUUUAGGCUGUCCUUAGCUGCCGCGCGGGGGAGGGGCUUUUGUGACGCACGCCCUGACGUCCCCCCGGGGUAUAAAAAGCCGCUGUGGGGCGGACUCCUUCAGGAGCCGCCUGCUAGGAGGCAAGGAGGAAGCACUUUAGAACUCAGCCGAAAAGGUGAAGUUGAGAUUAUAGACAUCCUGCCAAAAUGUUUUCUUCAAAGCCCAGACUUGUCGUACCUUAUGGCCUCAAGACUCUGCUCGAGGGAGUCAGCAGAGCCGUUCUCAAAACCAACCCGUCGAACAUCACCCAGUUUGCAGCAGUUUACUUUAGAGAACUCAUUGUAUUUAGAGAAGGGAAUGCUUCUCUGGAUAUAAAAGAUCUGGUUAAACAAUUUCAUCAGGUUAAAUUUGAGAAGUGGUCUGAAGGAACGUCACAAGAGAGGAAACCAGAAUGUGCAAAAGAAUCAAGAGGACUAUCUAUAGUUUCCCAAGAACCUACACGGAUGGAAAAAUCUACGAACACAGAGGAGGACAGUGUAACUGGAUCACUCUUUAGCAACAAAACCACGCAGUUCCCAUCAGUUUAUGCUGAGCCUGAGGAGACAACUAAAGCAGUUCGUGAUCCUUCAAAACCAUCCACCCCUGAGAUUCCUACCCCACCCUCAUCACCAUGUCCAGCAGCUGUCUCACCAGAGUUUGCCUAUGUCCCAGCCGACCCAGCUCAGUUUGCUGCUCAGAUGUUAGGUAAAGUUUCAUCUAUUCAUUCUGAUCAGUCUGACGUUUUAAUGGUGGACGUGGCAACAAGUAUGCCCGUUAUUGUCAACGAGGUGCUGAGUUCAGAGGCUGCUGAAGAUAACAUGGUGGCUGCUUCUGUUGUGUAUUCUGAUGAGGGGGUGGCAAUGCAGGUGGUGAGCCACUCCCCUGUCCAUGUAGAUUCGGGUUCUAAACCUAAAGACAGUAAGGCUGAACUAUCAACGGCUUCCUCACUCCCCUUGCAGGAUGAACAAGAACCUCCUGCUUGUGAUGCAGCUCCUAAGGUCCCUUUGCAGGCUGGUCCUGAGGUUGCAUCACCCAUUCACAUAUCAUCCAUCUAUAAUGAUGAGCCUGUGAUUGAAGGAGUUGUUUAUGUGCAGCAACCACCAGAACAAAUAGUUUUCCCUGAUCGCGCUGCUAGUCUUAAAGAGACUGAGCUGUUACCAUCAGGUAGUCCCACUCUUGUAAAGACAGCCUCAGGCAUGUCUGAAAAAUCUGUAGGUUCUGCAAAAUUUGCACAGUUGGAGGAUGCAAAACAUCCCUCAGUACAUAUGGAGGCAGAAGCAACCGUUAUGAUCUCUGAAACCUCUUUGAAAGGUCUGCUUGCGCAAUCCAUGGAUGUAGAGGGCUCUACCAAAGCAGUAGGCUCUGAAAAAUCUCUGCGCCUUGAAGUGGAGAUCAUUGCGCUAGUCCCUGGGCAGGUGGAAAACCCUGAAUCCCAGGAGACGGAGAUCAAAGCUGAGGUCUCUGGGGAAGCCAUACAAGCUGUGCACUCAGGUGCAUCUAUAAGAUCAUCUAGUGGCCCCCCCAAGCCUGUGCCAGAAGGGCUUACUGAACCAGAAAUCGAACCAGAGUGGGAAGCAGCACCUGAACAAGGUUUGAUGGAACCAGCAAUAGCAACAAGCGAAGCAGGACAACCACCACCAUAUUCUAACAUGUGGACCCUUUACUGUCUAACUGAUAUGAAUCAACAAAGUCGCCCAUUACCGCCACCUGCACCUGGGCCUUUCCCCCAAGCAACCCUCUAUUUAUCUAAUACUAAGGAUCUACAGAAUUCACCGAAAGUCACUUCUCCAACGUAUGUGAUGAUGGACGACAGCAAGAAGACCAGUGCCCCACCUUUUAUUUUAGUAGGCUCAAAUGUUCAGGAAGCACAGGACUGGAAACCUCUUCCUGGACACGCUGUUCCCCAGUCAGACACCUUGAAGAGAUACGCUGCGGUCCAAGUACCCAUUGCUGUUCCUGCAGAUCAGAAAUUCCAGAAACACCUCCCAACCCCCCCGAAUGUCAGUCCGCCUACAAGUGGACAAGAUGGCCCCAGGCCACAAAGCCCAGUUUUUUUCUCUGUUGCUUUCCCAGUAGAAGAUGUAGCCAAAAAAGGUUCAGGAUCUGGUGACAAACGUACUCCCUUUGGAAGUUACGGUAUUGCUGGAGAAAUAACCGUGACUUCUGCCAGUGUUCGCAGAGCAGAAACUUAAAACUGGCAGGUAAAUUUUCCUACCAUAUGUGGGCCUUAACACACGUGUGUUUUCAAUAUUUUGAUUUGUUGACCUGGAGACUGAGAUUUUUUUAAAAAUUGAAUUUCAUUGAAACAUGCAGUGAGUUGGAGUACAGUCUAAUCUAGCAAGACUGUCUCCAGCUUCCCACCGGUUACUAACAUGCACACACGUGACCACACCAUGACGACUCACAACACAGACUUGGUGCCUGACACAAGGACCCAUCAACCCAGCCACCUUUGAAUCCCUGCUUCUGUGUAUAGCCCCCAUGGGAGAUGCUAAAAGUGGGUGGAUUUUUUUUUAAGGGGCACUCUUAUAUGGGAAUUCACAAUGUGGCAUGUUUAAGGGGUGGGAGGGGCAGAGGCGAACCAUAGAGCUGGGAACACCUGGAGAGCAGGGUAUGAGAUGAGAGAUUCUAUAUGGAAUAUCUGAUCAGUGUAGCAAGAGUUCCUUCCCUCUUAAGAGGGAAUAUUUCCAGCAGAAUGGACAGGUUGGAAACACAUUAAAGAGCUAAAGAGACAAAGUGCAAUUAAACGUAGAUCAGAGUUUUCACUGUCCCUUAAAAUUUUUUUCAAUCAGGACUUAAAGCCAAUGCUAGUCCCUCCUCCCCAUGUGUAAAGUGGGCAAACCAUGGAGCCUACGCCUCAGUGGAGGAAGAGGAUCGAAAAGUAAAUCAGUGUGUCAAGUCUUAUGAAAAAAUUGAGGUGCAGAUACAGGCCCUCCUUUAGUAGGCUCAGAUGUAAACUGGUUCCUGAGAAUUCGACGGGCCAGCCUUGCAAAGAGCCCAAGAGAGAGUCCAAGGGCAGGAAAGAGCAUGGGGGUUGGAGACACGGCAAGCAGGAGGAAAUGAGCUGGCGGGGAGGGUAGGUAAGAGGAAGCUGGAGACAUGAAGAGGGAGAUUUGGAUUGAAUGAGAAACCAGAAGAAUGACAGAUCCUGCUCCCUGCUAUGUGGAAAAGGGUUACAAAUCAGGAGGUCAUCAGAAGCAGGGAGGUAAGUUCAGAGUAUAUAAUACAGGAGUUAUGACUAUACACCAGAGAGUUCAGUCACUUAAAACAAUAUGUGAGAAUUUCAAGCUGAACAUCUGAGGGAGAAGAGCUAGGUUUCAUUCGCAGGGUAAGUAGUUAUAUUUAAGGUGCUGGCUCUCAGUUAUCAAAAUAUGUUGAGGCUAUUUCUUAUCCCCUUUAGACUUUUAGGGGAAUUGUCAAAAUGGCUGUUUUCAGGAUGAACUGCUAGGAUAUUUUCAUGCAAAUACACAGGUAACUGACUAGGUUAAAGCUUAGUAACAGAGCAGGAGGGUAUACCUUGCAUUUCUGAUCUACUCAUUUCACAUGCUCAGUUUCAUGAUUAAAUAAUUCGCCACUUACAUUAUUCCUAACAGAUGCUGGAAAUGGGGCUGUCUGAGUCGACUUUUUUAAGAUCGAGUCUGCCACCAAGCAUAAUGGAUCAAUAAACUGCAUGCAAGCAAAGAACCUUGUAUUCUUGCUUGUUUUGUAAUUUAGGAGGUAUACGAACAACACAACCUUUAAGUUUUUUCAGACUUGUGACAUCAUAGUAUUUUCCAACUCGUGUACACAUUGUUUAAAAAACAAAAUUCUCUAGCUUUUCUAGCCAGGCACUCCCAUUUGAUAAGUCUGUCUUUGGCAUUCACACCACAUGGAGAGCAGCGCCUCGCUGUGAUACUGUACUUCCCCAGAGAAUGCCUGCUCGCCACCAUGCGUGCUGGCUGGCUGACGCUGGCCCGGGGGGCUGCAGCGCCUCACUUCUUUGUGAGGACAUUAUUGAUAACUUAGGAUGGUAUGAAGUGGCAACAUUAGUACAUUUGAAAGUGUAGAAGAAAUCACACUUGUAACAUUCUAAAGCCUUUAUUUAGCAUCAGAUAGAUUAUUUCAUUAUAACACUUGUUAACUUCAAGAUAGCAAUGAAAAUAAUUUACUGGCAGCUACCUAAGGCCCCUUGGAGCAGUAUCUCUGUCUAGGGUCAGGUGGAUAAAUACAUAAGAUUAAUAAUGUACCCCAAUUAAAGGGGCAAAGCUAUUGUACAGGUCGUCUCCAUACAUAGUUUAAGUACACAGGGGCCUUGCUUGCCAACUUGAAAUGCACAAGCCCUCCUGUUACACAGUUUGACAGUUAUAAUACAUGAGUGCAACUUAAUUUCUUUGGUGGCACUGGCCACUGGAAGGUGAAGCAUUUAAAAAGGUUUGUCAUUACAUAAUGGUACUGGUGAUUAGAAUCUAUUUCUAGGGGAUUUCUGUGAAUUGGUAGAUUUUAUACAUAUUUUCAAUUCGAACAUGAACAAUUAAACACCUCUUAAUUCUAAUGAUGGAUUACAGAAUUGUAAAAGGAAAUUCGGAGCACUA